AUGAAACCAUUGAAGCUUAGACUUCAAGCAAAGAACUGUGAAUUUGGCAUUCUUUGCAACGAACUGAUUCGAGACAGAAUUGUAUUAGGAAUCAGAGACGAUUCAGUAAGAAGCCGAUUGCUUCGUGAGUCUGAAUUAGAUUUGCAAAAAGCGGUAGAUAUCUAUCCAGCGGUCGAACAGACGCGAAGCCAUAUGGAUGCUUUAAAGAAUCCUGCGAUAACAAUUGAUGUCAAAAGAGACCCGUCGAAGUCAAAGCGGACGGAGACACCAAGAACCAAGCGAGGAAAGUUUAAUCAGCAGACUUCGGUUAUACAGUGCAAGUACUGCGGGACAUCGCACGAAUAG